UGCUACUCCAGGCCUCCCCUCGAAGAACAGGACCCACUGGCCUGCCUUCUGGAGUCCCCAGAUCUCUCCACUGUCCAGCCACUGAAGAAUUGACACCCAGCCCAGCAAGGGAGCCUUGGGUCCAUUCUGAUUGGCCAGAGUCUCUGCUAUAUUGAUUGUAAAUACUUUGCCUAUUACCCCUGGAUUGGAGCAGCCUUGAACCUCACCUUCCCGCCAGAGGACAGACCAUGGCUUGCUGGACUCCCAGAUCCUGAAGAUGGCCCGGCCAGAGGACAAGGCCUCUGCAGGCCUCAUCAACGGGGAGAGGCCGGUCCCACCACAGGUGAAUGGAGCAAGUGAGACCCCCUUAGGGGUCCUCGGGACCACAGAGCCACUCCUUUGCCUGCGCAGGACACGGGGGGUGUGGCAGAUCCCAGAGCUGGACGCUCUGCAUGCAGAAGCCCUUCUUGAGUCGUGGCCACCGGGGAGUUUCCUGGUCACAGGACACGACCCCAGCCAGGUCCUGGUGUUGAGGACAGGAGCUUCACCAGGAGAAGUCCACACCUACCAGAUCCAGAAGCUCCCUGGAGGUGUGUCUCUGGAAUAUUCUAACCUCUGUAUGCCAGACCUGCCCCACCUCCUGGCUUUCCUAUCAGCCAGCAGGGAUGUUUUGCCCAGAACACUGCUCUUGCCCCCUCCCGCGCUAAGGCUGGGAGAUCAACAAACAGGUCUUCCACACACUGGCAGGGUCCAACUCAACAUCUCGGAGAAGGUGCUCUCCGUGGUGAACAAGCUUUACCUGGAGACCCACAGAGGGUGCGGUUUGGAGCAGAUCACCCUACAGACACCUCCAGGGACUGCAGAAGGACACAAUUCAGCCCCCAGGAAUCCUGCCCCUCACCGGGUCUCCUGGGUUGAAGGCCCGCUCAGCCCGGAGGUAUACCAUGCUGGGCCAACUCUAGCCAGCCUGGUGGAGGAGAAAGAGGGGGAUGACGAGGAGGAGGACGGAGAUGAGGACACCUACAAAGAUGAAGAGAAAGGACCCGACGAUGUCCUCACCCAUCACAUCCAGGCUCUGGCCAGGGCCCGGAGCAGCUACGUGGGCAGACAGUUCCAGAGCCUCAGAGCGCGCCUCACCUCCAGUGCCGGAGGCCCCCACAGGCCCGGCGACCCAGCCACAGAGCUGCUCCAGGAUGUGCGGCACCUCCUCACUGACCUCCAGGAUCACUUGUCAAAGGACCCCGAUGUCAGGGCUGUCUUUGGGAGCAGGGGGCCUGGGGUCCCCCCGAAGGAUGAGGACCUUGGCGCCGCGGUGGAGGCGGCCCUGUGCCAGGCGGUGCUAGCGCCCCUGAAGCCCGCCCUGUGGACGCGACUCCGCACGCUGCGAGCCAGGGAGCUGCGGCGACUGCGGCAGCGACAGAUAGCCCUGCGGGCAGAGGCGGGGCCUGAGGGGCAGGGCCCCGCUCCCGCCCUGCGGAGCCGCAUCCACGCGCGCCUGGAGCACCUGCACGGCGCCUGCGCCCCACGCCGCAAGGUGGCGCUGCUGCUGGCGGUGUGCAGUGACGUUUACGCGGGCCUGGCUCAGGGCGAGAACCAAGAGCCCCUGGGCGCCGACGCCUUCCUGCCCGCGCUGACGGAAGAACUCAUCUGGAGCCCGCACAUCGGGGAGACGCAGCUGGACGUGGAGUUUCUCAUGGAGCUCUUGGAUCCCGACGAGCUGCGGGGAGAGGCGGGGUACUACCUGACCACGUGGUUUGGGGCGCUGCACCACAUUGCUCACUACCAGCCCGACGUGGGCCGCGCACCCCAGGGGCUCAGCUCGGAGGCCCGUGCCUCCCUGCGCCAGUGGCACAGCCGGCGAACCCUGCACAGGCCAGACAGACAGGACCGCGGAGACCAGGUCCAGCUGCCCUUUGAGGAGCCAUGGGCAAGUGACACCGUGCCCGGAGACCAACUAUGAUAAGGGGUCCCUACACCCUCCUGAUCCUCAGGCAAGAUUCGGGGGACACCAGAACAGCACCGAUUUCUGACCCCUUGCUGGUUUCGGUGCAAGGAGGAGGCGAGGUUCCCCGGUAUAGACGCACCUCUGGGCCUUUGCACUGGCUACCCGGUUCUCUAGUAGUUAUAGCGCUCCUUCCCUCCAUUCCUUCAGGUCUUCAGGCAGGUGUCCCCUUCUCAGUGAGGCUCUCAAGGUCGCCCGUGUAAAACAGCAUCUCCUCUGGUUUGAGCCUCCCAGGGGAGGGCAGAAUAAGGCACCCCCCCCCAAGAUAUCCACCUCCUGAUCCCCAGGCAUCUGUGACUAUGUUACCUUACAUGGUCAAAGAGACUUUACGUAUGUGACCAAAUUAAGGACCUUGACAUGGGGAAAUUAUUUGGGAUCAUCCUGUUGGACCGCAUCAUCAGGAGUCCUUUCUUCAAGGGGGGAGGCGAGAGGGUCAGAGUCAGAGGAGAUGUGAUUUUGCAAGCAGAGGUCAGAGUGAUGUGGCCAGGAGCCAAGGCAUGUCGAGAAGCUGAAAAAGACAGGGAAUGGAAACUUCAGAAGGACCUCAGCCUUCGAUUUUAGCCCCUAAGACCUGUUUCGGACUUCCGACCUUUAGAACGGCAAGAUAAUAAAUGUGUGGGUUUUGAA